GGAGGGGGGGGGGGGGCUACAACAGUGCCACAUUUAACUCGUUUGCGUCACGCUUUGGAGUUUCCUCCCUGGUUAGACAUUUGGCGUUUGCUGAGGUUUUGGGACCAAAACCGAAAUUCCAGCCCAUUUUUGGCUGGUGGGCUAAAGCUGCGUCCUCUGAUGGGUUAAUUUGUGCGUUUGAUCCUGGGGUGUGCGCUGCGCGAUGGCCGCGUCGGGCGGACGGAAGAGCGAGAAGUUGGACGAGGCACAGGCGUUGGCCCGGAGCUGCGCGGGGAGACCGGACUUUCUCCCGUGCGACGGACUGUCCAUCUGCGCAACACACAGCCACGGGAAGUGCUUCAAGCUCCACUGGUGCUGCCACUUGGGAUGGUGUCACUGUAAAUAUGUGUACCAGCCGAUGACCAACGUGUGCCGCCUCCCCAGCACCCCAGUGCCUGCCACGCCCACAGACCACCCCCAUACCAUGGACCUGACAGUCUCAUUGGCCGAACGCUUCCUCAUGACCGCCCCCUCCUUCCAAGCCCCGCCCUGCCUGGAGUCGCCCAAGUUCUGCAUGAUCUCAGACCUCUUCGUGGACGACUACAUGGUCAAACGCAUCAAUGGGAAGAUGUGCUAUGUUCAGAGACCUCAACCUUCCACCAUGCCCAGCCCGCCUCAAUCACAUCCCCCUCACCCACCUAACCCCCAGCCCCGGUCCAAACCCCACCCCCAACGGACCCCCAGACACCACCCACACCCCCAGGGCACCAAGCCCAGUGCCCUGGGGGUCAAGGUCACCACCCCCAAAAUAGACCACUGCUCCUCCCCGUCCAGCUCUGAGGAUUCUGGGAUAAAUGCGCUGGGCGGCCAUUACAUGGAGUCAUGUGACGAGGGUUCUGAGGAAGAGGAGGAAGACGAGGAGGAGGAGGAGGAAGUGGAGGAGGAUGAAGAGUUAAGUAGUGAUGGAGAGUCUAGUCCACUAAGCAUGUGGAAUCAAGAUGAGAGUUCUCUGCUCUCUCCGUCCAAGUCUAUGGUGGAGAUUAUUGAGAAGAUUGAGACAACUGUGUGAGACAACUUGCACUGUCACGUUGAAAUAGAGACGAUGAGACAGUGAUCUAGCCGGUUCAGCUUAGAGCCACACACUCAAACACACACACACACACACUAGCCUGUCAACGUUCCUCUAACUACAGUAUACUAAUCGUACAACACCAAAACAGUGACCUGUUACAUAUGAACUUUGACCUUUCACCUGUUAUAGCAUGGUUACCUACGACCUUUCACCCUGUUAUAGCAUGGUUACCUACGACCUUUCACCCUGUUAUAGCAUGGUGUACCUACGACCUUUCACCCUGUUAUAGCAUGGUUACCUACGACCUUUCACCCUUUUAUAGCAUGGUGUACCUACCCCAUUCUACUCUACUCUGGAGGGAUUUCACUUAUCUUUCCAAACCAGUAGUCAGCUGAAAGAACCCACAAAUGAACCAGAGCACAAAUGUAGGAAUAAGUGAAGUGAUCUAGUCUAUGACCCGACACACUUAAAGAAGAGAUGUGACCAAACAGAUUCUGAGGAUUCUAAAUCAUGAGGCUACUACUUUUUAUACAACAAUCAAGGUUGAAACCCAAAUGGCACCCGAUUCCCUAUGUAGUGCACUACUUUAGACCAGGGCCCAUAGGGGAUAGUGCACUACUUUAGACC